AUAAGAGAUCUUCUGUCUUCAGGUUGAAUUUUAGCGUAUUUUUUUCGAUUUUCGAGUUAUCCCUUACCGAGACAUCUCUUUUUAUGAAGUCUUUCUAAUACAAAACGGAAAUCUAAAAAAGAAAGUUGAAAAAAAUGGCACUGCAUUAGCAUCACUUGUACAAUAUCAUGUUUUCACAAAAUUAACAACAAUCUUGAUGAAGACACAAACAGAAUGCAUAGUCACGAUGGAUGAGACACGUUACGACAACUUGUUGAGUUUGUCUGCGAAAUAUAUCAACGAUAUACACUACAAAACAUCGAAGUGCACGAUAAACCACAAUUGUAAAACUAACGAGCAUUUUGCGUACGUGGAAUAUCCUGGGUUUAAAAUUCGAUAUACAUCUAAUCGUUCUUACAACAUAGCGACUUGUGGCGGGAAACUACUACCGAUGUUUAAGAAGGGAGAAAAAAAACGCAGCGAGAAAGCGAAAGAUAUAGUUUUGAAAAAAUGCCAAUGUGAAUGCCAGAAAAAACGACCGGAAGAAUUUUACGACAUAUUUUUAGCGUCGAGCGUCAAAUCUAGUGCUGAGUAUCAACGUUUGCGAGGAAAGAAUAAAGAUGUUUGUGAAAGCUACGAAGAAGAAGAAGAAGAAUAUGAGAAAGAAAAUAAAAGCGUCAACUGUAAAGAUAAGGUCAAAGUGGAUUUUUGUGUUACUGAUUUUAAUGAAAGUAACGAGGAGCCAGAUGAAAUUAUUAACAAUUUGUCAAACACAGCGCAUUCGACGAGUGAUGUAACUUUGGACUGUAACUCCUCAGUGAAGAGCAGCGUCGAAAAAUUUACAUCUGAAGAGGAUUUGAAAUCUCACCCUAGUCGAGAUUUCUAUCAAAUGGAAGUAGCUCUAAUCACGGAAGAUGACGAAGAUGAAUAAAAACAAUUUAAAAUGUAAACAAAAAUAUUAAAAAAAUAUAAGCAAAUAAUUUUAAUGGAUCAUAAAAAAACAAGCAAUGCCAAUCAAUUUAGCAAUAGGCACAAAGAUCAGCAAAAUAUGAGGAAAUGAAUUUUAUGACGUAUGCUGUUAAAAAGUCGAACGAAGUUAGUUUUCUUCUUUAUUUCUAAAAAAUCACAUAAAAAAUAUUAAAAAACAGCAAUAACUUAUUUUUCUCUCCUCCUUCUCUCUCUGAACAAGGUAACUUCACGCUCCCUCCUCGUCCAGACCACCCCCUUCACGCCCGCCUCUCGCCCUCUCUGGUGACGUUUUGUACACGACAUACAUUCCCGAGGACCGUACGUUUAUUUCAAAAAUGGUAGCUUGUUGCGGCAAACACUAAACAAAUGCUGCUAAGAAAAGAAGGAAGUGAAAAGAAAACAACUGUUUAUUUAGCAUUUCUAUUUUAUAGGGUUUCCAAUGAAUUUGACUUUUUCUUUCUUUCUUAAAUCGAUCGAUUUCUUAGUGGCGACCCACAUCUAUGGAAACAGUUUCCAUAUUUUUUUUAAUGAAAAUAGUUUCCAAUUUCUUAAAAUGCAUGGUAAAACAAUGUAAGAAACUAAGUUUAAAGUAAAAGACAGCUGUCACAAGUAUGUGGCGUUAGGAUGUAGAGAAACCACAGCACAGUUUCCUGUUAUAGACAUAUUCAAGAUGUGGGAAAAUUUUGCUCCUUGUCUGAUAAGGCGGAUGUCACAAAUAUAUAGCUAUGUGGUGUUAGAGUAAUAACUCAAAAAUUUGAAAAAUUGUAUCCAACCAUCCAGCCAUCAACGCACACCAUUUAACCGCAGAUAUUUAAUGAUGGGCACCUUAUUUAAAUGGUGUUUCCGUGCGGUGUUUUCAACUAGUUCUAGGAACCUUUUCGCAUUUUAAAGGAAAGCACAAUAAUAAUGGUGUGGGGUAAUGGCUGUGGGUAGACAAAAACGUAUUAUAAUAUAAUAUUUUUUUUUCAUAAUAAUUUCAUAAAAUACAUAAUAUUUUUUUUUCAUUCUAGCUUUUCCGACUCAGUAUUUAUCAAAAAUUUUGAUUAAAAAAAUAGGGUCGGUCAGGUGACUAGAUAGAUAGAUAGAUAGAUGUGCAUAUUUUACAUGGCUAGCCUCACAAAUAUCGAGGGAUAUACCCUGUCUAUUAUUUCCAGGAGGGGCCAUGGCGUAGAUGGAGAGUCCUAGAGUAUUUAAUGCUCAUUUUGAGCUACGCAGACCCAGUUAGAGCCCGCGCUCUACUAGACAACUCCCGGCAACAUCCAACGGCCCACACAGUGUGCCAUCUUCCCAAUUUCCCUCACAUGGCUUGGGUUAACCCGGGGCUAUGGUAACAUUCACUCGCCCAUGUUGAAUCGCCGUCAAGAGGAAUCGAACCCCGGUCUCCCGCACAGAGUACGAGAGCUAUAACCACUAAUCUACGGCGCCACAAUUCUACUCUAACAAUUUGACUCUAACAGCAAAUAUUUGUGAUGUCUGCCAAAGCUUGCUGAACAAAUCAGCAGCAGUGUAUAAUACAAAGAUUAAGUAACUCCAUGCGACUAAAAGGGAAUAAAUACAAAAAUAUAAUGAUUGCUUAACUUUGUCCAGGGCCUAGACAACUUUAUUCAUUAAUCAAAUUCAAGUGUAUUUUUCAAAAUCGGUCCUAAAAACUAGUUAGAAAAUGGCGCCGUAUAUGUGAGGGCGGCCGCAGGCUUUUGGUUUUUUUCAAGGUCUUCGUUUGUAACUGCCCGGAAAAGCCUGGGCCUUCCUGAAAUAGGCCCACUGAAAUGCAACACGCCUGAGCUUAUUGUCGAAAUUUGUCAAGAAAAAAGGUGCUAUUUUGUCGUUGUACUCUUAGUUUAUUAUUUAUGAGAUUUUGUUGCAGCUAUUACAGCUAAGCCUGAAUAAAAUUUAUUUUAUAUAUAAGCUUCAUAUAUAAGUGAGAUCCAAACUCAAUAACCUCUUCAGUGCAAUAACUAUAAUGCAAGUAACUCAUUUUGCAAUGGCAUAACCACCUGUUUAUCAUUUAUAGUGGAGCAGUAAAUAGUAUAUUUAAACUAUUGAUGUAUAGAGUCAUGUAGCUGGGUUGAUAAACAUUUGUCCCUAAUUAGAAAAUCAACUCUGAUUAGAAAAAAUCCUGUGCUAAUAAAAGCUGUAUGCUGUAAAAAGUGCAUUUACAGAUGAGCUUAUCAAAUUGUAUUAAAUAAUUUGUAAGAUCUAAUUAUUAAGAUUAUUCAAACUGUCCAGAGUUGCAAUUUAUAUGGGAUUUAUUGACAUGUACGAUAGCUAAAAAGCUACAAUUUGCUUAAACGUGUCCUUUGGCCAAAUUGCAUUACGGUUGCUUGACCUACAGAUAUUAAAAAA